GCUUCUUGUCUGCUAUAUUUUGGUUAAGAGUACCUUCACUCGUCUAUUCGACGAAAACGUAAGUUGUUCAAUUAAUAUUGGUGUGUAGAAUUUUUAGAAAACAUUUUUCAAUCCUCUCCUACAAGAUAAUCAUAGCAUUAUAUUAAUAUAAAUAGUAAACAUUCAAAUCGAUUUCCAUAUUGGCAGCCAUUUUGAUUUGCAUAGCAGAAGGAAUAGUAAAGAGAAAGAUAUGAAAGUAGUGAUUACAGGAUCAUCUGGAUUGAUGGGAAAAGGAACACUAUUGCAAUGCGUCAAAGACAGCAGAGUAGAAGAAGUCUUAAUAAUAAAUCGAAAAAGCAUUGGUUUUGAGCAUCCCAAAGUGAAGGAAAUUUUAUUGGAAGAUAUGUUUCAAUUGGCCUCCAUUAAAGAACAGUUAAAGGGCUAUGAUGCUUGCUUCUUUGCAAUUGGUGUUACCGCUUUUCGGGCAAAUGAAGAGUAUUAUCACAAAAUGACCUUUGAUCUCACAAAAUUGUUUGCUGAUAUUCUAUGGGAGCAGAAUCCAGAUUUAAGCUUUUUAUAUGUUUCGGCAGAGGGAAGUGACCCAACAGAAAGUAGUGGAUCAUUUUGGAGAAAUUCAAGGGGUAAAAUUGAAAAUUACAUUACUCAUUCAGAGAAGAAAGGAUAUGUUUUUCGUUUGGCAAUUAUAAAACCAAUAGGAGAGGUUAGCUCUAGAACUUAUGGAGCUGCAGAACCUGUUGUAAAAGUGCUUUACCCAUUGUUGAAAUGCCUUGCUCCAAAUAAGGUAACCACCACCGAAAAUAUAGGGAAAUCCUUCUUAAACAUAGUUGAAAAGGGAAAUGAUUUAAAGUUGCAUCAAUCCAGAUCCAUAAACGAACUAGCGGUUCAAUAAUGGCUUGGAAUUUCAGAUAUGUGGCAUUGAAAUUUCUGUCCAAUAUGUCGACCUACCAAUUCCAUUAAAUAGUUUCCAAUUCUUAUUUCAAAGGUUCCUAAUCAAUGGCUUAUGUAAUUUAUUAAACAAACGCAUAAUAUAGGUUAUACAUAGGAGAAAAAUGCCCAAGGGAACAUUCUGGGCAUUUCUACGAUUUGGAGAAUUUUCAUUCCAACCUUUUUCAGUUGGUUUUGGACUAUACAGACGGUUUUGAAGAAUAGAAGCCUGAUAACUGGUCCGUUGAUGGUUAGGUUUAAACACACCAAAAAGUUGGCCAUUUUCUCCAGGACUCAUUUACAAUACAUUGUUAUGCUAACAUUAACAAUUCACAUUACAAGUGUUCAAUAUACAAGUGUUUUUAAUGUUUUUACUGUUGUUGAUGUAGAAAUACUUGUUGUGUUCAUUCAGAUGCUUGAAUAUCCAGAAAAGUCUUACAGAUAUAAUUAAAAGACCCUUGUGCUUUGGUGGCUUGUUUAAAUGUCCGCAAGAUGAUAUUUACAAUGCAGUGCAUUCAUGAAUAUUGUUUGAUCUAAUUAAAUAAAUUGAUCCUGUUCUGGAUGGAAACAAUCGUCUUUUUUCAAGUCUUGAUCCUCUAAAGAAUCAAACAACUUAUCCAUAUCUUACAUUCUUCUUUGAUAUCCACAAAAUUGGCUAAUUCUGCCCAAUAAUGGUCAUAAUAUGGGAGAAAAAUAGGACUAUUUUUCAAUGAACACAAUUUUAAUCCAAUAAAAGAAUUCAUGUGGUUAUAUCAACACAAUGAUUUACAAUUGAAAAUCAGGGCUAACCCUAACCCUUACAUGUGCAGUAAUCAUCCUUUAUUUAAAUAAUACAUUAAAAAAGUCUUAAUAACUGGAUACCAUUCAACAUAAACAUCUGAUAGAGAACAAUCUAAUACACUUUGAAUGUAGUCAAUGCAUAAAUGGACUUGACUUGGCG